AUGUCGUCUUUAUCUUUUACAUCAUCAACUAACAAAUUAAGUCGUGAAGAUUAUCGCCGUCAAAAAGAUCUUGAGGCGGCAAGAAAAGCUGGUACUGCUCCUGCAGAACAAGAUGAAGAAGGAAAAGAUAUUAAUCCUCAUAUCCCUCAAUACAUCGCCAAAGCCCCAUGGUAUCUAGACACUGGUCGACCAACUUUAAAACAUCAGAGGAUUCUUGCUACUGAAGAAGAAGAAAAAAAAGAUAAUAAUCAAUGGUAUGCGCGUGGUCUUCGUGCUGGUCCGGCUGCAACAAAAUUCAGAAAAGGUGCUUGUGAAAAUUGUGGUGCUAUGACUCACAAAACAAAAGAAUGCAUGGAUCGUCCAAGGAAAACUGGUGCUAAAUGGACUGGUCAAGAUAUAAAACCUGAUGAAAUAAUUCAAGAAAUUGAUUUGGAUUAUGAUGCUAAAAGAGAUCGUUGGAAUGGUUAUGACCCUUCCGAACAUUCGAAAAUUUAUGAAGAAUAUGAAAAAAUUGAAGAUGCAAGACGUAAAAUGAAAGCUAAUGAACUUGAUAAACAAAGUACUACUGAACUUGUUAAAAAAACUGUUAAUACAAAAACAAGAACUACUAUCAGAAAUUUAAGAAUUCGUGAAGAUACUGCAAAAUACUUGAGAAAUUUAGAUAUAAAUUCUGCUUAUUAUGAUCCUAAAACUCGUUCUAUGCGUGAUAAUCCAAAUAAAGAUAUUGGUGCUGAUGAUACUUUUUACGCUGGUGAUAACUUUGUACGUUAUACUGGUGAUGCUCCAAAAAUGGCUAACCUUCAACUCUUUGCUUGGCAAGCUUAUGAGAAAGGUACUGAUGUUCACUUACAAGCAAAUCCUACUCAAGGUGAACUAUUACAUCGCGAAUAUCUUCAAAAAAAAGAAAAACUUAAAGACACUAGCAAAGAUUCGAUUUUGGCUAAAUAUGGUGGUGAAGAUCAUUUGAAUGCUCCACCAAAAGAAUUGUUAUUGGCUCAAACUGAGCAAUAUGUUGAAUAUUCAAGAACUGGAAGAAUAAUAAAAGGCCAAGAACGUGCCAAAGCCAAGUCAAAAUACGAAGAAGAUGCAGCAAAUGCUUCUAAUCUCUUGACUGCUUCAGAGAUUCAAAAUGAAGAAGAGUUUGCAAAUAAAAAAUCCCUCGUUGAAAUUCAUGUAGAAAAUAUGAAAAAAUCUAAAUCUAAAAACGUUGAUGACACGAAUAAGCAUCUAAAACGUAAGAAUCUUGGUGAAGGUGAUAUUCAAUUGGACACUAAAAAACUUAAAAAGGCGUUGGAAGAAGAAGAGAGACGAAACAAAAUAAAGAAAUCCGAUUUUAAUCUCGACGAUAGAAAACGACCUUACAACAGUGCUUAUAUGGGUGGUCACGAUAAAAUCGAUUCUGAAAUUACUGAAGAGGAAUUGGAAGCAUAUCGAUUGAAAAAACAAUC